AUGGCGUCUCCUGAGCCUGCCUCUCCUUCGCCAGAUAGGAGCUUGCCCGAUGCGCCGCCUCUAGCACAGCAGACCACGUACAAGUCUUUCAAGAGAAAAUAUGCGAAGCAAAAGAUCACCUUUGAACAUGCUAUGAAAAAAAGCAAUGCUUUGUUCAAGGAAGAACUGAGGAUUCGUGACCUCUCCAAGCGGCUAAAAGAACAGAAUGAUCAACUUCUCGAAGCACUCUUAGAACUAAACAGCAGUAUACGUGUUCCCCCCAAGCUCCGAUAUAACCUUGACCUCCCAGGCUCCAAGUUACCGAGAGUAGGCUCUCCGGAUCCUGAGCAUCACCAACAAGAGUCCUAUGAUAUAGAAACUGCUCGCGAGGCACUGCGAGUCGCGAAAGCGAGGUUGUUGGCUGGAGAAAUCAAGCCCGACCAAUGCCGUCGCCUGGAAGAGUCUCUCCUUCGGAGUGAGAACUUCGCUCCCGCAGUGCAUUAUUCUUCGCUACUAAAGGUUCCACAUACGACAUCGAGUCGACCCGCUAUGGAAUGCGACGUGGAUUCAAAUCUUGGUUUUCUAAGUCCAGAACAUGAAAUUGAAUAUUCCGCAGCGCUUGAUGCCGCUACAUGUGGGGAACCAAGACCAACAGGGAAAUCAGUUUCAGCCGCGAGUAGGGAUAGAGAAGCUGCUGUCCGGAAUCCAGUUUCCGUGAUAAAUUGGUUGAGGAAACAUCAACCGCAAGUCUUUCUGCAAGAUGCCGAUGCAGCAGCAUCCGAAAAGCCUCCUCCCCGUUCUAACAAUCCGCGUAGUUCGAAGCGAGCGAGUACCCACACGCGAAAGGAAGAAGAUGUAUACGACGAAGAUGGUAUAUUGAUUGACACUCCGUUGGGUGGUGGAGGAGGGGGAGUGUCAGGCGGCGGGACUCGCGGAAAGCGAAAACGAGACGAGGAUGGAGGCUAUCGACCCAAAGGUGGCAGUGGUGGCCGUUCGAGGAAGAAAAAGGAAGAUGCCCCGAAGCGUGCUAAGAGAAGUUCCGCAGCUGGGGCAGCGGCAUAA